GGAAUCCAUUAAAUUAAAGAUUUAAGAAGCCAAAACUACCAAGAAAUGAAGAAAAUGAGUUGGCAAAUGAUUCCUUUACGAACAAAUAAAUAAACCAAUUCUCUAAACCGAUCACUGUUCUCAUCAAAGCCACCACCAUCUUGGUUCCGUGAUCGAAACUUUAGAAAAAGUCUUGUAAGGAUGAAUAAGAGCAUCUCAGACAACGGAGAAACGGUUGCCAAGGGAUCGAUCUGUGGAUAUGAUUCGCUGGAUCAACUCUUAUCCGCAAAUCUGAAGCCUGAGCUCUAUCAGGAGGUAAGUCGAAUACUACUUGGAAGUAACUGUGGCAGACCACUUGAACAUAUUGUUAUACCAGCUUCUGCAAAAGACCUCUCUUCAAAACAUGAUUUUGAUCUCCAGGCUUUUAGCUUUUCAGCUGAUAAAGAGCAAACGAGAAAGCCACGAGUGGUCAGAGUUGGUCUCAUUCAAAACUCCAUUGCUCUUCCAACUACUGCUCCAUUCUUGGACCAAACAAGAGGAAUACACAACAAGUUGAAGCCGAUCAUCGAAGCAGCAGGUGUUGCUGGUGUUAACAUACUCUGCUUACAGGAAGCUUGGACUAUGCCGUUUGCGUUCUGCACAAGGGAGAAGAAAUGGUGUGAGUUUGCAGAGCCUGUCGAUGGCGAAUCGACAAAGUUUCUUCAAGAACUAGCCAAGAAGUAUAACAUGGUGAUUGUGAAUCCUAUCCUCGAAAGAGAUAUGGAUCACGGUGAAGUACUUUGGAACACUGCUGUGAUUAUAGGGAACAAUGGAAACAUCAUUGGCAAACAUAGGAAGAACCACAUACCGAGGGUGGGAGAUUUUAACGAGAGCACGUAUUACAUGGAAGGAGACACUGGACAUCCUGUGUUUGAGACGGUGUUUGGGAAAAUUGCAGUUAACAUAUGUUAUGGAAGACACCAUCCUCUAAACUGGUUAGCUUUUGGUCUUAAUGGUGCUGAGAUUGUCUUCAACCCUUCAGCUACUGUUGGUGAACUCAGUGAACCAAUGUGGCCUAUUGAGGCAAGGAAUGCUGCAAUAGCAAACAGUUACUUUGUGGGGUCCAUCAACCGAGUUGGAACCGAAGUGUUCCCCAAUGCUUUCACCUCAGGGGAUGGGAAACCGCAACACAAUGACUUUGGUCAUUUCUAUGGAUCAAGCCAUUUCUCUGCACCGGAUGCUUCUUGCACACCGUCUUUGUCACGGUACAGAGACGGGUUAUUGAUCUCGGACAUGGAUCUCAAUCUGUGUCGGCAGUACAAAGACAAAUGGGGGUUUAGAAUGACUGCGAGAUAUGAAGUCUAUGCAGAACUUUUGGCUAAGUACUUAAAGCCAGACUUCAAGCCUCAAGUUGUCUCUGACCCAAUGCUCCACAAGAAUUCUUCAUAACAACUAGACUUAUAGUCAUGGUAAAUGGAAUAAGCUCCGAGAAUGUAGGAGCCGUGGUAGUUUGAAUGUUUCUAUGCUUGUUGAAAGUCCUCUGAACAUGUAGGAGGCAGUUGCUUCUGUAAUCAGUUAAUGUCACUCAAGAAAUAAAAACAAUGCAGCUUUUAAUCUCAUCAUUUAACUUUUA